AGCUGAGGAUUUGAGGUUGGAGUGGACUGUUUAAAAGGGCCUUGCUUGCAAGAGGCUGGGACAGAAGCUAGCAGCGAAGUGGAUGGAGCCCAGGGGAGGGAUCGUGAUGGAGCAGGACAAGAAGGGACAAGAGGGGGGCUUGUGCCCGCUGGGCAAGGCAAGCUCGCCAGACCAGGAGGGCUUCUUCAACCUGCUGAGCCACGUGCAGGGUGACCGGAUGGAGGAGCAGCGCUGUUCGCUGAAGGCUGGGGUAGGACAGACAACCGAGAGCGAGGGUGACCCUGCACCUGAGAUGGACAAUCUUAUGGACAUGCUGGCCAGCACCCAGGGCCGCCGCAUGGACGACCAGCGAGUGACGGUCAGCGCUCUGCCUGGCUUCCAGCCCAUUGGCCCCAAGGAUGGAGUGCAGAAACGAGCUGGGACACUCAGCCCUCAGCCCCUGCUCACCCCCCAAGACCCCAGUGCGCUCAGCUUCCGCAGGAACAGCAGCCCCCAGCCCCAGACACAGGGCCCCUGAGGAUCUCAACCAUCCUGGGCCCCACUGAGCCCCCGUAAGCAAAUAAAACAUUUGCAUGAGCAA